CAGGCCCCGCAGGAAGCCCCCCCUCUGCUGGCGUGAAGCCAGAAAGAGCUGGCCCCUCGUCCAGCCUGUGUGGUCCUGGCCCAGCCACCUGCGUCUGCUGGGCCUCGGCGUCUUCAUCUGUAAGACGGGGGAUGGCAGGGGAAAUGUGCGGGCACCGGCCUGAGGGGUCAGACCGCUUGCCAGGGGCAGCUUGCUGGUCCGGCAACUGUCCUUGGCUCCUGGCGGGGCAGCCCCGGGCAGGGCGUCCUCGGCCGUCCGACUCGCCCCAGCCCUAGGUCUUGGCACGUGUGUCACCUCCCCUGCCCCACUCUGGCUGAGCCCUUGGUGAGUGAGGGGUGGGGAGGACAAGGGACUUUAGGGAGAGACCAUCGGGUCCCAUGCUCCCUGCACCCUGGCCCAGCAGGGCCUGGGUUGGGGCGGGCGGCUACACUAGGGAGGAGAGGACGGCGGGGAGGGUCUGGCGUGAAGCCACUGGCCUCUGACUCCACCGACAGAGACCCCACCUGCCCUGACCGUCACCGCCCUCGCGGACCCCUUUCCCGCAUCCGUGCCAGCCCCAGACACAUGCCGGCCGCCCCUCGCCCCAGCAUGGCGUCUGAGCCGGCUUUGUACUCUUGCCCCACGAGGGACGGAUGACAAAAGAAGUCACUCUCUGCAGCUUAAUUUCGCCGCCUGUGAAAGGAGGUGACAGUGGCCGCCCUCUGAUCUCCGAGACCCAUCAGGCUCUCGAAUUCCAGCAGUUUCUAAACUGCACCCUAAGCGGACCGGUCCAGGCGGAAACGAAGGCCCGGCCGCGGUGACGGACGCCACGCACGCGCGCGGCCGCGUCGGCUCAGGCCCCCGCGGGCUGGACUCCGCCUGAUUCCCGCUGACCACAGAGGCUGGGCCGGCCGGGGCGGGCUGGCAGGGCGGGCUGGGCGGAGCACCCGGAGCACCGUCAAUCAAUGUCACUUCCCGGAUGGUCGGCCAGGGCAGUGGACCUGGGCGGUGGCGGCCACUUCUGCAGCCGCUGUGGGGCUUUUCCAGCUCUUGGGGACCUCGAAGGGCGGCCAUCCGGGCAGAGUCCGUUAUUCCAGCCCCUAAAACUCACGGUGGCCGAGCUGGGGAGUGUCACCGGCUCACACCUAAGGCCAGCCUGGCUUUGUCAUCCAGAGGGAGGCGCGGCCGCGGGCGGGGACAGACGGGCAGGGCAGGGCGUAAAUCACAGACAGCUCCGCCCGGGCGCCCGAGCCGCCCAGCCAGGGGACAGCGCCUGACCGUGCGCGACCCCGCGGGAGCUAAUGACCAGAGGUGUUGGAAGAGUCCCACGUGGAUGAAAAAUGGGAUAUUUCUAAACCGAAGUGCUCCCAUCAGCCGCAUGUGCUCCGCCCAUUGGUGGUGUCACUGGGAGGUUUCCCACGACCGACUGAUAAUGCGGAGGGUCCCGAGUUAUGUCAUCCUCGGGUCCCUGACAGAGCCCAAAUUCGCCUUCUCUCUCGGCGUCACACCAGUCCAGCUCCUGUGAAUGGCUUCGGGGGUCCCUGUAGCAGAGACGGCCGGCCGCGACCAGCUCUCCCAAAUACACCGUCCAGGACGCUCGGAAUGACUUCGCGUGACCCUCUGAACCUGUGCUCGUCACCCUCGGCCUGGAGUGGGAGCCGUUAGCGACGUGGGACCCCCACCCAGAGCUGACCCAGAGCUGCUGCUGCUGUCGAUGGGAGGGGUCAGCGACUGGCCUGGUCGCUCCCUACCGCCCCCCACCAAGUACUGCGAAUAGUAAAGAUAAUGAAUAAUAAAAUCUCUGCAUGCUUUGGUCUC